AGGUGAAUGAAGAUGGCUGCUGCUCGUUAGAAACUGCUCUCAGUUUGUUUGACUUUUGCUUUGUCAUUAGCAAUAAGCCUUUCAGCUAUGACCAGCGAUUUUAGGCAGAGAGAGUCGGGCACGGAGCUGCUUGUUCGACUCAAAGGAAGAAGCUCUCUGAAACGUCUGGAACCACGGCUGUUUACUGAAGAUGGAUUCCCGAACCAUGGAGACACAGUGGAGUUCCACGGUCCAGAGGGAGCAGGGAAGACAGAAAUGCUUUAUCACCUGGUGGCAUCCUGCAUCCUCCCAGAAUCGAAGGGUGGCCUUCAGGUUGAGGUUCUUUUCAUUGACACAGACUACCAUUUUGAUAUGCUUCGCCUGGUCACCAUUCUGGAGCAUCGCUUAGCGCAGAGCACAGUGGAAUUGGUUAAACAGUGCCUGGGGCGUCUGUUUCUCGUUCACUGCAGCAGCAGUACCCAGCUGCUGCUCCUGCUGCACUCACUGGAAACCAUGGUCUGCAGCCACCCUGCUCUUUGCCUGCUCAUCGUGGACAGCAUGUCGGCCUUCUAUUGGAUCGACAGACUCAACGGCGGGGAAAGCCUCAGCCAGCAGGAAGCCAACCUCCGACGCUGCGUUGAGUGUUUGGAGAAGCUGUUGAACGAAUAUCGGCUGGUGUUAUUUGCAACCACACAAGCCCUGAUGCGUGGGCCAGGGCCUGGGACAGCUAGGCCGGAUGAAGCUGCUGUUGCUGCAGCCUGGCAACCGCCUCUUGCUGUGGUUGCAGAAUAUAAACCGUAUCUCUGUAAAUCAUGGCAAAAGCUAGUCAAGCAUAGGUUUAUUUUCUCAAAGAACACCAUGAGGAACAAUAAGCAAGAAUUUGCUAUUGUGUCUCUUCAGCCAAGAAACAGUAUUGUGACCAGGUGCUCUUUUCUUAUUACAGAUGGUGGGGUCCAGUUUCUUUAACCCUUGAGCAUUCAUUCCUAAAGAAGGACCACUGGAGACACUCGUGAUCCCGCACAUGAGAAAAUGCCUUUUUAUUUUGCUACUGCUAAUUGUCCUGGUUAACUGAAAUCUAUUCAUCAGCUUUCCUGCUGGGCAAAUUUAGAUUAACCCUUUAACAGUGAUUUGACCCUCAACAAGGUCCGAUGGGGGUUUAGCCCUCUAAUGUGAAGAUUGUGGAGGAUUUCUAUUAUUUUCAGUGGGAAUUCUCCAGCUGGUUUUGGCCUGAUCUGUCAGGGAAAGAGGCCAAUCCAGACAUCUCCUUGAAAGCUCCUUUUGGAUGUAUGUGUUCUUUGUGUGUGUGUGUAGGCGAGUCCAGGACAUGUCCUUCAUAUAUAUUCAUGCCUGGAGCAAAGUGCCAGAAAUCUUUGAGUGUUUUCCUUGUGGUGGAGAUCAGAUUGAUCCUACUAAAUGCAAUUUUAAACAUUCUAAUUGGAAAAAUUGAACACUAUUCUGUUUCUCUAUGUAUUUAUAACCUGUUCUUCAGGUAGCUUCAUAUGAACUGCUUAAAUUAAAAAAUAUUCAACUACAAAAUUGUUUAAUGUAACUGAAUUUCAGUUGCUGAACCUUUCUGACCAGUUUCAGCACAGAAGGAUCCCAGUCGAGGCAUCAUGCCCUUUCCAGCUCUUUGAAAGAGUUAUCUAAUUCAUCUCACUCUCCCCACUUGUUCUCCAUAGCCCUAGUGUUCUCUAAAAAUAUCAUAUUACUAAAAUGUUUGUUAAUGCACUGCCUCUUAGGCUAAGACUGUGGUUGAAAAGUGUAGGUAAUGAAAUGUUUAAAUCUCUCACAAAAAUAUUCAUUCAAAAUUUCGUGUUUUCAAAAAGCAGCAAUGCUUGUAACCAAUCUGCAGUUUGCCCGCGAAAGUUAAUAUUAUAACUGAUAGUAUUAAUGCAGGAUGAUGGAAACAGAUUUUAAAUACUGAUGUCCAAAAAGUAACAUUUCAAAUAGCCUAAUCCUUUGGCUUUAGGAGUAAGCUUCAAAGCUUAAGAUCUUUGAGAAUAAAAAGUUCUGCUUACAAUUGUAUAUUCAGUGUUUCCAUAUGUGACACUUAAUAAUAUCUAUCUAUAAUAUUAAAAAUCUUUCAUCAACAUA